AUGGCUUCCAAGAACGAGUCCAACGCCAACAACACGAGUCCAACAAAUGCCUCUGGCGACAACGCCCAUGCUGAGCUCACGGUUCAACUCGAAGACCUUCUGAACACCCUCUCGAACAAAUUUGCUGGCGUUUCUAGUGAAAUCUUUGCAAAAAUGGACGAGAUGUCGCGUCGCCUGGACAAUCUUGAAGCACAGCUAGCAGCCAACAAGGACAAGAAGUCAAGCUCCGGCUGA